GACCCUGGGAAGUUUAUGAUGUUAUACAGAAUAACGAGUUGUGACACAUCAGAAGUUUUUUUUUUUUGUCCUCAUUGACAGCAAUGACCCCUUUUGAAUACUUUGUUUCUCACUUGCACUCCCCUGCUAUUCAUCCUUUAGCGAUUAUUCAAACAUUGAAUGCAGUUUGGUUUAUCACGUAUAGGGGAAAAGAGAGUAGGUAGAUAAAAUAGGAGUGCAAGUGAAAGAAGAAGAGAAUAAUAUAAAGGUACAAAAAGGUCGGAUAAAUCGCCCUUUCUUUAGUUUCUUAAUAUAUUCAAAUCAUGGCACCUCACGCUUUACUUCAUAAACAAGCCCCUACUGAUAUUACCGUAAAGAAUCAGCACGACCAAGACAUCAAUAUAUCUGAUUUUAUUGGUAAAUCUACGGUUAUUUUGUUCUUUUAUCCAAAGGACAAUACCUAUGUUUGUAGUAAAGAGGCAUGCGCAUUCCGUGAUAACUUUGAGGAAAUUCAAAAGUUGGGCGUUGAGGUUGUUGGUGUCAGCGCUGAUGGUGUAAAGUCACACGAACAGUUUGCCAUUAAGCAAAAAUUACCUUAUACGUUGCUGGCUGACACCGAGGGGCAAUUGCGUACGGCUUUCCAAGUACCUAAAUUACUAUUUGGUUUCCCUCAACGUACAACAUACAUUAUUGAUAAUGAUGGCGAAAUUCAACAUGUAUUUGAGUCAUUCUUUAGUUAUAGCUAUCAUAUAAAUAAUGUCAUGAAAGUGCUCCAAAAAGAGUCAGCAGCAGCAGCGGCAGCAGAAGAUGAUGAUGAGGAAGAAAAUGAGUCGGUUACUGAACAAGAGUAGAUUUAAACGUAAUACCACGAAGCUGAACGUAUCCUAAUAAUAGC